GACAGAUACUGAUGUUAUUCUUGGAAUCUAUGUGGACGAUGGUUUGCUUGUUGGCAGCAAUAUAGAAGAAAUUGACUCUAUUUUGACAGAAUUAGCGAAAGAGUUCAAGAUUAAAAUCACAAGAAAUUCUAUUUAUGUGGGAUUAGAGAUUGUUAAAUCGGAAAAAUUUUUGAUUUUAACACAAAGAGAUUAUGUCAAGAGGAUUUUACAGCAGAGCAAGAUGAAAGUUGCAAAAGCUGUAAAAGUACCUUUACUACGUGGAGAAGAUAGUAAAACACCGCCAAAAUCUAAACAUUAUCCUUAUAGAGAAUUGGUUGAAAGUUUACUCUAUAGACCAGUGCAGAUAACUUUUUGUAGGGAAAAAAUUAAUAACAGCAAACCAAGUAUGAG